AUGCCAAGUCUACAACACAGACUUGGCAUGUUUGCACACCCGAUCAGUAUCCACUUCCCCGGAGCGCCGAUGAUGCUCUGGCCGCGUAGUGAUCCGUACCCCUCCUUACAUCUGUCGUCUGCUCCCAAGAGAUACAUCCGCGGAAGCGAGCUUUUGCCAUGUGGUUCGAGUAAGAACAAGCUCAUCAUCUUUGGCGAUGGCACCUAUAUCGAACUUUUCACUUGGAUCAACCACGACAAUCCAAUUCAGACCGCUUGGGUGGAUAAAUCCCCUGGUUUAAUAGCAUUCGCCUUGACAACCUUGCGACCUUUCACUGCCACAGUCAACUAUGACCACUUGACCCGGCGUUUAGUGCAUGAAGAGGGAGACGGAGGCCUGGGAGUCAAAUUCAAUCCUCCAAAUCCGGGUGCCCGUAAGCGCAAGGACGGUGUCGAAGUGAAAUGGGAAAUGACCGGGCCCGAAUACUCAAAUGCUGCCGAAACCCCCGCAACAAGCUUCUUUCCAACAAGUCGCCUCGAUACACCUUUCUUCGCCCACGAUGUGACGGCUAGGGUGGUCCGCGUCCCUUUCGAUGACGACAGUGCCAUCGCGCAUCCAUGCAAAGCGACCGGUAUCGCCAGCGUCGAUGUCCUGGUGCCACCUGAGAAACUCACUGCUUACUCUACCCUGUAUUCGAACAUCACUGGCGUCGCCCCAGAUCAGAUCACGGCCGAUUCAAGCAGGGAAAAAGGAGUGUCGUACAAGUUGACGACUCCAACCAGCCAGGGAGCUGGGCCUCUUAUUCGCAUAAGGGUUCCUACUACCGAGGAAGACGAGGCGUGGCUUCGUACCCGUGGCAUUGGGAUCCGUGCCAUCAAGUUAGCUGUUGACGGUCGCAAAGGCCACGGUGAAGAGCGUCUCGCGCAAGAAGGGGUGGGCUCGACUAUUUCCCUGGUCUGGUAG